AAUCCAAUGGUCGCUGCGGCACAUGGAGAAAUGGCUGAAGAGAUUUUGAAGAGCGUCGGAUUCGAUUUUCAUUAGCUGAAGUGAACAAAACACGCUAAAUCCCAAGAUCGGUGAUAUAAGCUUAGGUCCUUAAUCGUCAUGUCUGCAACACAGAAGCAGCCCGAUGACCAGGCCCCCCGUGGUAUCGUAAGCGAAAUUGACCGGCCCGUUGACUUCUCGCAAAUCGCGGUACUCCAAAACGAAACCGGCUGGGAUCGACUGAGGACCAUGUAUGACCUCUCCGCUGGUUUUGGACCCGAACUCGAGCUCGUGAAGACCGGGAUGGGCAUAGGUAUCGUACUCGGAGGUCUGAGUGGUGGAUUAAACUAUGCCAAGCAGGCCAAAGUGAAUUAUAUCAGGCAGAACGAGGCAAACUACUACCUCAAGCCCAAAGAUGCAAUGAAGGAGAUGCAGGACAAGAUGGCUCUGGAGUUCUUCCGGGGCGGAUUCAAGCUAGGCUGGCGGAUAGGGCUGUUCUCCGGAAUCUAUGUGCUCGGUACCGUUUCGGGUCUGACGUACAGAAACAAGUUUGGCAUUGCAGAGCACGUGGCCUCUGGAGCUGUCGCCGGUUUUCUCUUCAAAGUCAACCUCGGUGUCAAGGGUUCCCUCGCUGGUCUGGUGGUGGGUGGACUCCUGGGGCUCGUUAGCGGAACCACAAUGUGUGUCGGCACAAAGGCCCUUGGCAUCACGGUGCCCGAGUUCCGGUACUGGCAGCACCAAUAUUGGAUGAAGGAGUACAACGAGAAGAAAGCGAAGUGGGACAAGAAACACAAAAAAGAACUGUCCUCUGUGGCUGAAGCGGUCCAGGCGUCUCAGGAACAGAAAGCGGAAACGACGUGACCCCAAACUUCCCUAGUUAGACAAGAGCAUUAUUUUCUGGCAGUCUCAGCUAAUGAGAGCACAAUAUCAACUGGGCUCGAAGGAGAUACAAUCGUUCACUUGGACGCUGUGCAACUCACAAAUUUCUCAUUGGAAGCUGGCAGCCAAUGAAGCCCUCUGAAAGGGGGAAAUUGAGGUGGUUCACGGUCCCAUUACCAACUUGUGUUUGAGAGAUUGUACCUUCAGGGUAGGCGACCUCUACGUUGUAAAAUGUUAGUUUAUUCACCAUUUCAUUGCACAUCAACCUGGGUAAUUUUAUAACAGUUCAGACACGUGGAAUAGCAGUUCUGUCCAUACUUAACUGGAGUGCAUGCUACUCAGUGGGCAAUGCAUAAGAUCGGAGACUAAAUUAAAUGAAUAUGAAUAGCUGCAUCCGUUCACUUUAGUUCAAAAUUUAACACCUUUGUCACUGAUGGCCUUGCUGUGGGGGACAUCACAGAUUGAGGUGCAGCAAAAUGUUCAGUUAAUAGCAGACUGCAGCAUUGUUCAUUUUCUCGAAAUUUCAUUGGUGUCUUUUUGGAAUAAAACAUUGCUUGAAAUUU